AUGAACCACGCAAGGGUCAAGGCCCUCAAGGGCGGCAAGACGGUGUCGAAAAAGGCGCAGAAAUCAGGCCGUGCAUCGGGCACUAUGACACCUCAGGGCUCCUCGCCCAUGGCCUCCCUCCUGACGUCGCCGUCCCAUUCCGCCAACCACAGUCGCGUGACUUCAGACGUGAGCGACAACGAUGAGGAUGGAGACUUCGACCUCGACGAUAUGACGUCAAGCGUCCAUUCGGGCGGCUCCGGACCCGACACGCCCGAGGAUGCUGGAUCCUCCUUUGAUGUCCAGGCGCUCAUGGACGGUCUCCAGGACCGCAAGCACAACAACAGCGAGGUCCGCGAGCAGUACUUGCAAGUCUACAUCACGGUCAUGCGCAACCGGUACAACGUCGAGACGCACCAGUGGCUGGACGAUGCAGCAGCCGCCUUGGCCGAGAUUCUUCUCAAGAAUGCAAACCGCGGCGCGACGGCCCGAGAGCGUUUGCUGAGCUUGCGCGCCUACUGCCUGACGGUGGGCACCGUGGAAGACGUGGAUGUCUUUGAAACCGGCAACAAGGUCCUCAGGCAGAUAUUGGCCGACGAGGACGAUGAGGAGUGCAAGGUGCUCGCGAUAUAUGCUCUGUGCAUGACUGUCUUGUACGGCGGAGGCCUAGAAGAGGCGGCCCUGGAGCUCAUGGAGUUCUUAGUGGACAUUGUCCAAACCGACGGCGAAAGCAUUGAGUCGCUUGACAAUGCCGUAGUCGUUUCUGCAGCGCUGCGAGGCUGGGCCUUUGUAGCCAGCCAUGUGGACGAUUAUUCCGACUAUGCCGACAUUGCCAUGGAUGCAUUCGUGGACCAACUGGACAGCUCCGACAUCGAGAUACAGUCAAACGCCGGCCACUGCAUCGCCCUCAUCUACGAAUCGUCACGCAACCACGAGGCCGAAACGGGCGAGCCCUUUCAGUUACCUUACGACCCACAACGACUGGCGGGCCGACUGAGCGAACUGGCCAAGCUCACCGCCAAGUCGGUGUCGAGAAAGAGCCGUCGAGAUCUCCGGGACAGCCUCAUGAGCGUCGUCACCUCGCUUGAAAGGGGCGUCGGCCCGUACUAUUCUACCGCACUCUACCUCCCGGAGAAAGACACUCAUGUCCCUUCCUCCCUGCGAACAGACGGAGGAAUGGCUGAGUACGGGUACCGCUGCAAGUUGCGGCUCGGCAGUCACACAGCCAGAAUUGAUACCUGGUCGCUCUACUCGAGAGUCAGCAUGAUGAAGAUCUUGUUCAGAGGUGGCCUCGAGAAUCACGUCUUUGUCAACCCCGUGGUCAUGGAGUGCCUGGAGGACGCAGACUGGGGCGAGGUGCACACGGUCGAUGAGUCUGAGAAGAGGUCAAGGACACUGGCAAAGGCGCGCAAGAGGUGA